AUGGUAGUGCCAAACGGCUCUUUGUCUUCUGCCCUAAGCCUGAUCAAGCGGUUUGCAGAUAGUUGGCUGCAAGCAAGCGACGCGAUCGACUGCGAUGACCUUGCAGCCCUGGUAGAUGCGCUUGACUGCUUGAAGAAGGACGCUCAGCAGAAGCUGUCUCUCAAGAAAGCCACCCGAGCAGGCAUGACAGCAGAUUCGCGGUCUGGGGGCUCAAGUGGCGCUAACCAAGGAGUGCGAAGAUCGUCCCGCCUCAAAGCGUCCACUCCUCGGCCGGCUUCCUCAGCCUCGCUCUUCGUCGCCGAACACGAGACGGAGUCGGAGUUUAGUGGUGAAGACGAUGAGACACUUCCAGCCGUACUCGAUGAGACAAACUCCGGCGACUACACGGGAGUGAUGGCAACGGCGCCCUCAGAGAUCCUGUUUGGAGAUCUUCCAUGGCCGAGCGAAACACCGAUGGAGACCGUUCACGAGAUUGAGGUGGUACAGAGCAGACAUGCCUUGGAGCUAGAGCCAUCCUCGCCGAUGCUCUACAGAGUAACACCCACUGUUCACGAGCAAGAUGAACUUACAUAUGUACAGCCAGCUCGAGUUUAUAGCGAGGCUUUGGCUUCUCAUCAAUCUCAUUGGGACAACACCCAGUCUGGAGUAGACAUAUUCCAUCAGACAGCACAAGAUGUGCGAACCGACAGAGCACAGUCAGGAGCCGAAUCUCCACGUCAAGUCUCGUUACAUCAACCAUUUUCAGAUCCGGCAGAGUCAGACGUAUCCGACUCGCCAGCCCGUGACAUGGAAGUCGAGAACAGCGACAGCGAAGAGAUGGUCAUGCAAGAUGCAUCCACACCACAGUUCUUCAACGAAGCGUUCGAAGACCUGUAUGGCAGCCCGUUGCAGCAGGGGUCCCAGAUAGGUGGCGAAGAGAUCACGGUCGCGUGCCAGAAGCAGUAUCCGACUGACCCAACUCACACGCCAAGCUUGAGCGAUGAUCCGAUGUUUCAAAGCUACCUAGAUCUUGCUUGCUGUGCGAGCUUUUUCCUUCCACACGAGUCUGUAGAAGACGCAGAUAGCACAGAAAUCCGAGAGCUUCUUUCACCUCUGGUGGAGGGAACACCUCUCACGCCAAGACUCCUUCACGGCCUGAUCUACUCAUUGGUUCCGGGUCCACUCCAUAUACUGGAGGUCGAUCCGAGUUCGAGUGAUAGGGGAAUGAUAGCAGAAGAGAGCCUGGCCGAAAACUUUGCCAUCAUCUUGCGCGAAAGCGAAGAGGCUCUGCCGUUGCUCGUGCUAGGAGCUGCGAAUAGGAAGAUGCUGUUUGUUCUCAGCAGCGGCACAGCGAACCUUCCGUUUUUGAGCGCAUUGUACCGAAUGCUCCAUGAGUGGAAGACAGAGUAUAUUAUACCCCACGAUGUCAGCCCACAUGUAGAGAGCACGCUUCUGUCUGUCUGGAUAGCCGAGGCUUGCUUCCAAGGACGGUCGCUGCAGAAUGCUCCGUCUUCUCGAGAACUGCGCCUACGUUUUUUAGAAGAGCUGGUGGCCCCUGUCCAACGCGACUCUGUUCUGGAGCAAUAUGGCAUCUCCAGCAAACUAGCAGUCUCACAACAGAUCGACAUCAGGCUGGCCGAGACAAGUUCUGAGGUGCAACUGCAACCACAACCGCAGAGCAACGGGGUCUUUGUGUCGAAGAUCGAGACUUUCGAUCUCGAAGCGCUGCACGAAGCGCUUCUCCAGAAGCCAGCCGACAUCUCCCGCGGACGCUGUCUGAGGAUCUUGCAGUGUGUGUAUGAGAUCGGAUCGCCAUGCAUCCUCGACUCACUCAAACCGGCUCUCACUGCAAAACGCGAAAAUCAGGCACAUCAAGCGAUGGAGCAACCCGUUGUCGAGAAGCUCUUCCGCAUCCACCUCUACUUGGACAGCCAGGAGAGCGAGAGCCACCUCCUGAUCGCCAGAAGUCGAUACGUCAAGUACUGCUACUUCGAGACAUACCUCCUGGCUGUCGCAGCGCUCCAAAGAGAGAAGCGCAGCAGCAGUCGAGAGAAGCGGAGAAUACACGCGCGGAAACUGACCGCCAGCUUCAAGCAGGGCCUCUGUGACGAGCUGCCACCGACGCCACACGACGACGAGAUCCAUCGCAUCUACGAAGAUCUCAGUCCCUCCGAGAAGAAGCGGCGGGCUCAGGACAUGGUGAAGAAUGAGAUUUCGAGAAAGGUUGCCAAGGAACACGGGGUCGACGAGAAGCGCGUCCGAUGCAACAUCAACAGGUACAUCAGACAAGGAAGAGUGCUGCACUGUGUUCUGCAAGGCGGGCUAUCACUGAAUCCAGGGCUGCUUGUCCUAUUUCCUGGUUCUGAGACCCAUGCGCCUUCUUUGAGCACGGCCGAGUUUGGGGUCGAGCUCUCAGAGCCCGAGGAAAAGAGUCUCAGCAGACCCAUUGAGAUCAAAGAGUAA